CCGCCCCCAGCUGGCGCUGGGGUCUGGGGGUACUGCUCAGUGGUGCUAGGCUGGCGCGGCUUGAGCCGCCGCCGCACUGACAGCUCGGUCUGCGGACCAUGGAGACCGGCGCUGGUGCACACCCUCUGCGCCUGUUCCUCUGCCGGAUGCCGCUCUGUCUCGCGGUGCUUUUGGGACCCUGGCGGCCUGGGACCGCCGAGGAAGUCAUCCUCCUGGAUUCCAAAGCCUCCCAGGCUGAGCUGGGCUGGACUGCACUGCCUAGUAAUGGGUGGGAAGAGAUCAGCGGCGUGGAUGAACACGACCGUCCCAUCCGCACAUACCAAGUGUGCAAUGUGCUGGAGCCCAACCAGGACAAUUGGCUGCAGACUGGUUGGAUCAGCCGCGGCCGGGGGCAGCGCAUCUUCGUGGAGCUGCAGUUCACACUCCGUGACUGCAGCAGCAUCCCUGGCGCCGCAGGCACCUGCAAGGAGACCUUCAACGUCUACUACCUGGAAACGGAGGCCGACCUGGGGCGCGGGCGUCCCCGCCUAGGCGGCAGCCGGCCCCACAAAAUAGACACGAUCGCGGCGGACGAGAGCUUCACGCAGGGCGACCUGGGCGAGCGCAAGAUGAAGCUGAACACAGAAGUGCGCGAGAUCGGCCCGCUCAGCCGGAGGGGUUUCCACCUGGCCUUUCAGGACGUGGGCGCCUGCGUGGCGCUUGUCUCGGUGCGCGUCUACUACAAGCAGUGUCGUGCCACCGUGCGGGGGCUGGCCACGUUCCCAGCCACCGCAGCCGAGAGCGCCUUCUCCACACUGGUGGAAGUGGCCGGAACGUGUGUGGCGCACUCGGAAGGGGAGCCCGGCAGCCCCCCGCGCAUGCACUGCGGCGCAGACGGCGAGUGGCUGGUGCCUGUGGGCCGCUGCAGCUGCAGCGCGGGAUUCCAGGAGCGUGGUGACAUCUGUGAAGCCUGUCCCCCAGGGUUUUACAAAGUGUCCCCGCGGCGGCCCCUCUGCUCACCGUGCCCAGAGCACAGCCGGGCCCUGGAAAACGCCUCCACCUUCUGCGUGUGCCAGGACAGCUACGCGCGCUCGCCCACCGACCCGCCCUCGGCUUCCUGCACCCGGCCGCCGUCGGCGCCGCGGGACCUGCAGUACAGCCUGAGCCGCUCCCCGCUGGCGCUGAGGCUGCGCUGGCUGCCGCCGGCCGACUCAGGCGGCCGCUCGGACGUCACCUACUCGCUGCUGUGCCUGCGCUGCGGCCGCGAGGGCCCGGCGGGCGCGUGCGAGCCGUGCGGGCCGCGCGUGGCCUUCGUGCCGCGCCAGGCCGGGCUGCGGGAGCGCGCCGCCACGCUGCUGCACCUGCGGCCCGGCGCGCGCUACACCGUGCGCGUGGCCGCUCUCAACGGCGUCUCGGGUCCAGCGGCCGCCGCGGGAGCCACCUACGCGCAGGUCACCGUCUCCACCGGGCCCGGGGCACCCUGGGAAGAGGAUGAGAUCCGCAGGGACCGAGUGGAGCCCCAGAGCGUGUCCCUGUCGUGGCGGGAGCCCAUCCCUGUCGGAGCCCCUGGGGCCAAUGGCACCGAGUACGAAAUCCGAUACUACGAGAAGGGUCAGAGUGAGCAGGCUUACUCCACGGUAAAGACAGGGGCGCCUGCAGUCACCGUCACCAACCUGAAGCCAGCUACCCGCUACGUCUUUCAGAUCCGGGCUGCUUCCCCGGGGCCAUCCUGGGAGGCCCAGAGCUUUAACCCCAGCAUUGAAGUGCAGACCCUGGGGGAGGCUGCCUCAGGGUCCAGGGACCAGAGCCCCGCUGUUGUCGUCACCGUAGUGACCAUCUCGGCCCUCCUCGUCCUGGGCUCCGUGAUGAGUGUGCUGGCCAUUUGGAGGAGGGCCACACUCUGCUGCAGGCAGAGUCGUCCUAGAUGGGUCCCAGGCUGGGCUGAAGUCAGCAGACUGGAGAAGUUGGAAAGUCUGCAUGAGAUGGGCUGGAGUGGAGAAGCAGAUGAGAGGCCCUGCAGCUAUGGCAAAGGAGGAGGGGAUGCCCAUGAUGAAGAGGAGCUGUAUUUCCACUUCAAAGUCCCUACACGUCGAACAUUCCUGGACCCCCAGAGCUGUGGGGACCCGCUGCAGGCUGUGCAUCUAUUCGCCAAGGAGCUGGAUGUGAAAAGCGUCAUGCUGGAGAGGAGCCUUGGAGCAGGGCGGUUUGGGGAGCUGUGCUGUGGCUGCCUGCAGCUUCCCGGCCGCCAGGAGCUGCCUGUAGCCGUGCAUACACUGAGGGACAGUGCCUCAGACUCACAGAGGCUCGGCUUCCUGGCCGAGGCCCUCACGCUGGGCCAGUUUGACCAUAGCCACAUCGUGCGGCUGGAGGGCGUUGUCACCCGAGGAAGCACCUUGAUGAUCGUCACCGAGUACAUGAGCCAUGGGGCCCUGGACAGUUUCCUCAGGCGGCAUGAGGGACAGCUGAUGGCUGGACAGCUGAUGGGGUUGCUGCCAGGGCUGGCAUCAGCCAUGAAGUAUCUGUCAGAGAUGGGCUACGUUCACCGGGGCCUGGCGGCUCGCCGUGUGCUGGUCAGCAGCGACCUUGUCUGCAAGAUCUCUGGCUUUGGGCGGGGCCCCCGGGACCGAGCAGAGGCUGUCUACACCACCAUGAGUGGCCGGAGCCCGGCGCUGUGGGCCGCCCCUGAGACACUUCAGUUCGGCCACUUCAGCUCUGCCAGUGACGUGUGGAGCUUCGGCAUCGUCAUGUGGGAGGUGAUGGCCUUUGGAGAGCGGCCUUACUGGGACAUGUCUGGCCAAGAUGUGAUCAAGGCUGUGGAGGAUGGCUUUCGGCUGCCACCCCCCAGGAACUGUCCCACUCUGCUGCACCGACUAAUGCUUGACUGCUGGCAGAAGGACCCAGGUGAGCGGCCCAGGUUCUCCCAGAUCCACAGCAUCCUGAGCAAGAUGGUGCAGGACCCAGAGCCCCCCAAGGGUGCCCCAACCACCUGUCCCAGGCCUCCCACCCCGCUAGCGGACCGUGCCUUCUCCACUUUCCCCUCCUUUGGCUCUGUGGGCGCGUGGCUGGAGGCCCUGGACCUGUGCCGCUACAAGGACAGCUUCGCGGCUGCUGGCUAUGGGAGCCUGGAGGCUGUGGCCGAGAUGACUGCCCAGGACCUGGUGAGCCUGGGAAUCUCUUCGGCUGAACAUCGAGAGGCCCUCCUUAGCGGGAUCGGUGCCCUGCAGGCACGAGUGCUCCAGCUGCAGGGCCAGGGGGUACAGGUGUGAGUGGCCCCCCUUCUUCCAAGGCAGGACUCCAGUGGGGGUCCAGACCCCCAGCCCUGCCUGAGGAACCGUGGCAAGCUGCGCUCCAGCAGUGGGAGGGAACGCCGUCUUCCUCGCUUGGGCCCAGAGCUGGUGUGGGGCCACAGCUUCCCCGCUUUCGCUGCCUGCUCCUCCCAUUUCCACCAGUCUGAACACCUUGGCCAACUCAGUGUCCCUGAAAAGAGGUUCAGAUCUCUAGGGAGGACCCCUGAGAUAACAGCAAGAGGAAAUUCAGGGUCUCAGAGAAGAGCUGGGGCAGGGAUGGGAGGGAAGACAGUGGGUUGAGAUUGCCUGGCCCAUGCCCAACUGCCAUUUGUACCCACUGGGGGCUGGGAACUACCCCAUGGGGUGCUCCCUUUUCCCACAGACCCAGUGACCAGUCAGACAGCAUGGGUCCUGGGUGCUUUUGUUCCACCUGGCAGUGACCGCAGCUGCCUGGUGGCUCAGGCGUCGGGGGCGGGGCCGGAGUAGCAUCAUUCUCAGCUCCCCGUGCCUUGGCGGGGCUGACUGGACGCUGGCCAAGGCCCAGGCAGGCAAAGAUGGUGCUGAGCUCAGGGGCUAAUGCCCAAGAGCCCUAGACUCAGGAGCUGGGGUUUCUGUGUCCACCCACCUUGGGCUGACAGUUCAGGGUGAGGCCAAGAGUCCUGGCCAGGCCAGACCACAAAGGCCCUGGUGCUGCCUGAGGCCCCAAGAGGCCCUUGUGUGCAUUCUUUUUAUGAACUCAGUGGUCAGGACAUCUGGGAAAAGCAUGAAGGCCCAUCUCCCGAGGGACCCAAGAGCUUUUCUCUCCAGACUUGAGGAGGGUGAAGAGAAGACUCAGAGAUGGGUCCUCUCUCUUAUACAGGCUGGUCUAACCCCCAGAUGGGGGAAACUGAAGCCAAGUGAGGAAUGAGGGUCAGAGCUGGGGUCAGAACCCAAUCCAGGGACGAGGCUGGCUCUGGAGAGAGAGUCCUUGGUCCUGCCCUAUGGCACCACCCACUUCCCUGUACAGCCCGUGGGGACUCUGGAGGCCACCCCCCUCCAGCCACCUCCAUGACUUGGGCACUAUGUGGCCUUCCAUGGAGCCCGCCCCUCCCAACUCUGACUUCUGUGGAGCCCUGGCAGAAGUGGUUGUGCUGAGCCCACCACGGAGUUUCUUAUCCACAAGGGCCCCUGGGAAUGGUGGGAGUCAGCGUGCCAGGGUUUUUGUAGGAUGGCAGGAAGGCAGCUGGAUCUCGGUAGGGCUACAGGGGCUGAGUUUGUCCAGACCACCCCUGACACUUGUCUGCUCUGCUUGGCAGUGUGUGGGUGGGGUGGGAUGGGGCAGGAAGAAGGAGACAGGAGUAGAGGAAGGACAUGAAAGAGACACACAGCCUGCCCUUGCAGGGGUUCAGACUAGCCCAGGAGAAGAGCUCAGGUACCAAGAAGUCGUUCCAGAACACCAUCCACCAGUGCUCAGGGCCCCCAGCAGCCAUCUGGGUCAGUGGGUGGGUAGGCUGGAGGGGGAGAUGCCCACUCUCCAAGUGUGAAGUUGAGAUUAAGUUGAACAGGGCCUUGCAGGUGGGAGGGGGAGGUUCUUUCCUUGGGGUGGGUGGAGUGUUCGGCAGGCAAGAUGGCAGGCCUCGGACAAGAUGAGUCCAGGCAGAGAGGCUAGCAUGAGAAAGAGCCCAGAGGCGGGAAGGUGCAGUGCGUCUUUGCGGAGCACCUCAAGGUGGGGGACAUGACUCACAGCGGUGCCUUUGGCCUCACCCUGCCAGCAGCAGUUCCCCACCUCUUGGAAUCUCCCCCAGUCCCCUGCCUCCCCAUCUCCUGAGCACCCCCUCCAGCUCAGUGACUUUGGGAGUACUGGGGAGACCAAGAUGUUGCUACCACCUUCGUCAGGGUUGGGGGAGCCCCCAGUCAGGUGCCCUCCAGGAACUGCCUUCCCCACCCCACCCCUCCUAGGAAGCCCGGACCAGCAUCCAGGGGAUGGGGGGACCAGCAUCCCUUCUUGGGUGGAUGGAGCCUCAUCCCUAUCUCCAGCCACAUCAGUCACUCUCUGCAGGGCAAAGUCUUCUCCGUCUACCCCAGCUGUUCCUGCAGUAGGGCCCCUGGCUGUGUUGGCAGGACUUCGGUGUCCAGGGUAGAUCUCCCCUCCACUGAGGAGUGAGGUCCCAGAAUCCUGAUGGGUCCCAGGCCUUGGUCCUGCACAGGUGUGGUGUGGGCAGUGGCUCUCUGGGAGCCCUCUACAGAUCUAUUUUUAUAUGGAACUUGUUCACUGGACAGAGGUAGCCUGCAAGCACCUAUUACCCUGGUCUGAGCUCACCCAGGGAGAGAGGGGGCCAGUUGGAGGAGGUUCCUUUUGGAGAUGUUUUUAUAUUUCUUGGGCUCUCUAUGCAGGAUAAUAAAACUUGUCUGUGGUACGGUG